AUGGCGUCGUCCAGCGGCGACAGCAUUGGUCUUUCUUCGCGAACUUUUUACGGUCGUUCAACAAAAAUACAUGCUCCACGGUAUCGUGAUGUUCUGCAACGCAUCGAUGAUGGAUGUCUCAGCGAGAUUAGUGACAUCAGCGAUGAUGAUGAUGACUACAUUCCAAGUGGAAAUUCCCAAGCUGGAACUGCAAGAAACGACACCUCUGUGUCUCCUGAGGACUCAUGUGAGGAGACUGACGACGACAGCGAUGCGUUCGCUAGUGCUGAUGGCGCUUGUAAUGCGGGGUCUGUUGAGAGGGGACUCUGGAAGAAACAACUCUUCGACGCGAGUCUACAUACCUUCAGCGAUGCUUUCUCAGAGCCCACAGCGGUAGCGUCUCCACUUUCCUACUUCAGGAUGGCUAUCACCCCUGACAUGAUUGACAAUGUUGUGGAAGAAACAAACUACUACAGUGUACAGACUACUGGGAAGUCCCUGAACGUGACUGCAGCCGAAGUGGAGCAAUUUAUCGGCCUAUACAUUAUGAUGGGCCUUGUACAAAUGCCUAGUGUUCGCUGUUAUUGGGAAACGGCUUCAAGAUAUGAACCCAUUGCCAACGUUAUGUCGAGAAGCCGCUUCGAGAGCAUUAUGCGUUUUCUCCACUUUGUGGACAACCUGGCAGCAACAGAGGAAACAAAGAAAGACAAAGCAUGGAAGGUACGACCGUGGUUGUCAGCACUUCAGGAAAACUUUGCAAAAAUCGAGCCAGAAGAAUACAACAGCGUUGACGAAAUCAUGGUUAGCUUUACCGGCAGGUGUAGUGUGAAGCAAUACAUGCCAGGAAAGCCCCACCCAUGGGGUAAAAAACUAUGGGGUCGAGCUGGGUCUUCUGGUAUUUUGUACCAAUUCGAUGUCUAUCAAGGCCAAGCAAAUCGGGAUUACAGAUUUGGCUUAGGGGGUCAUGUUGUGAUGUCAAUGUGUUCCCAGCUUCUAGAAAUGAAGGAAUACAAGGCUGCAGCGGAUAAUUUCUUCACUUCACUGGAUCUAGCGAGCAACUUUGUCACUAAAGGAACAGGCUUUGUAGGCACAGUCCGAAAAAACAGACUGAAGGACUGCAGGAUCAAGCCAGAAGCAGACUUGAAAAAAGAAGGCCGAGGCUCGUAUGAUAGUGCUGUAGAUAUCAGACGCAAGGUUGCUGUUGUACGAUUGGUUUGA